UACGUGUCUGACCUAUAUAUACUUCUCCGUCGUCUUGUUCAAUCACUCUGUUCUCCAGCUACCAUAGAGUUUCGAAUCAAAACUAGGGUUACAAAUUUUCUCUUAGCUCUGAUCAGAGUGUGAAGACGACGUUAGAGCUUUGACAAAAAAAAGCAAUGGAGAUAUUUGGAAAAUCACCCGUGGUUGGUUCGGCCAAUGUUGUCUACUUGACUGCGAUACUAGGUCGCGAUGGGCCCAACUCAUGUCACAAAUGUGACUGGAAAUGCGAGAACGAAAAUGUGUGUGGAAAUAUGUACCGUUGCAAGCUAACCGGGUUGAACCAUGUCUGUGACAAGAACUGCAACCAACGGAUCUUGUAUGAAAACCACAACUCUUUGUGCCGAGCAAGUGGCCGGAUUUUCCCACUCUCACGGGCUGAGGAACAAGCGGUUAAAGGAGUCCGGAGGAAGCUCGAUGAUGAGAGUCAACCCUCUGAAAGCUGCGUCAAGCGUCCCCGACGUGACGCUCAGUUUCAUUCUUCUCCUUUCGAGAGGUCUUUUGCUGCCGUGAGCCCAAUUUGCAGCCAGGCUGGAGAUGGAAUGGAGUUGAAUUAGAGAUCUUUUCUAUCUCCGAGGGAAUAAUAACUUACCCUUUUUCGAUAUUAGACAACCAUGUAAUAAGAUACAUUUGUUUAUGUGCUCUUCCAGGGAGACUAGGUGUAGCUCCCUGUAUGAAGCAACAUUUUAUCUUAGUAUCGUUAAACUCUAUGUAGUAGUUAACGUAGGAGAGCUCAUUUCAUGAUUAUGCUGCUCUGUUGUGGACGUUUCUUGUUUUGAUAUAACUUGGUGAAGUAGAAGAA